AAAGGGCCUGGUAAUUUCCUGGGCUUGACGUUAGUUCAACAGUUACAUUGUGGAAGUGUAGGUGCUGUAUGGUGCAUAAAGUUUAGCCAUUGCGGUCGCCUUUUUUGCUCUGCUGGUCAGGACUCAAACUUAUACGUUUGGACUGUUAACGGAAGAGAAAAUUUCUUUAUUAAAAUGAGAAAUAAACUCUCUAACCACCUUUUCAACGAUGAGAGCGAUCGUAUGAGCUGUUUUUCUUCUUCCUAUGGUCAGUCUGUCCAUCCUUUUACCGCUUCUCGCUACUCUUCAACUCUUGCAGCAGCUCCACUAGUUUCGAGCUCCACUUUUGAUAUAAAGAGCCUCAACCGCAGAAGUCACGAGAUGGACAUACUGGACAUUUGCUGGUCGCGGAAUUACUUCCUCUUGUCUGUUUCUCUCGAUAAAACAGUGCGAUUAUGGCACAUCAGUCAACCGUCUACCUGCCUUUGCUGCUUCCGCCAUUCAGACUUGGUCACAGCCGUGGCUUUCCAUCCCAGCGAUGAUAGAUAUUUCGUGAGUGCUUCGAUGGACUGCAAAUUGCGAUUGUGGUAUAUUCCUCACAAACGCGUUUCCGUUUCCAACGAAAUCGACUCGAGUUACGGCGUGCUUACAGCUACGUCCUUUUGUAAAGAUGGGAGAAUGAUUGCGGUGGGGACAUACGAAGGCCGCUGUCUUUUCUAUAAUAGUGAGGGAUUGCAGUAUCACACGCAAAUUUUUAUAAAACGAUCCAACAAGAAAAGAGGAAAGAAAAUUUCUGCUAUUGUUCCCAUCGAAGGGACUAACAAAAUUUUAGUGACUUCUAACGAUUCGAGAAUUCGGAUGUACGAUUUAAAUGAUUUUUCGUUACUUUACAAAUUUAAAGGGGCUGUCCACAAUUCUUCCCAAAUUCGUGCAAGUUUGAAUCAGGACGCUUCGUACGUCAUCUGCGGUUCUGAGAAUAAUAAUUUCUACAUCUGGAGCCUAAAAACUCCGAAGGCGAGUACUAUGAAAGAUGUGAUCCAGCACUCAAAGCGUGUUUGUGAGUACUUCGAGGCUUAUAAUGCUCACGACGAAACGGUGACGGUGGCGUUGUUUGCUCCUCACUCUACGUACCCUGCUUUUUUAACGGAAGAUAAAAGUCCUAUUGGAGAAUUAAUUAUAGCGGCAGAUAUUCGUGGAAAUAUAAAAAUAUUGCUUAAUCUCAGCUUUAAAUUUUGAAGUGCUGGACAAAGUAAAUUAUUUUAAGCUGCCCUUUCCCACUGCUUCAGCACAAAAUCGUUG